AUGCCUUACCUACUUCCGAUAUGCAACGAUUCCCCUCCGACUAAUCCCCUUUUGCAUCAGCCAGACUUCCCAAACCUAAUAAAUAUACAGACGAGGUUUGAAAAUAUAAUGGACGAAACUGCGAGCAGCACAACUGUCGCACUUGAUCUGAAAAGAUCAGAGAUGGCCAUCCGAGACCUGACCAAUCUGGUGAAAGUCAGUGAUCUUGUUGCGAAAGACAGGCUAUCCGUCUUGCUAGAUUCGUUUAUUGGAUCCGCGAAAACGACAGGGAGAGAACUGCAGCGACUGGGCUCCCGUGUCGGCGGCACAGUAGACAGUAUUCUAGCCAUGGAUGAUUACGUUCUUCGAUUUCUUGAACAGACAAACAAGGUGCCCGAGAUAGGACCUGUUGCGUCCGUGUUUCAAGCGCUGGUACCCUUUGGAGCGUCGCCAGCUCAACAGGCGUUGGUCCAGCGCAAGCAACUCGAGACGUUAUGGUUCCAAGCGACGGGAGCUCUGGAAGAUAAUAUCGUCCGGCUUAUUAUGGAAGCUGAAGGGGACGUAGUGCUUCUUGACAGGCUGGAGGAAGACUUGAAAGUGAUCCAUCAGAUGCUGAGCAGGGAAGCCGCUCAAGUCGAUAUGAAGACAUCCGAACUGCUGGCCGAGUUAUGGACUUCUCUAGGAGGAAACAAGCGAAAACUCGCCAAUUUUAACUCUCAUCGGUCUUUGCUUGCCAACAUAGACGUUUAUCGCAUUCGCGCAGCGAAAUAUAUAACAGGCACGCUCUUUCAGUUGCAACAACUCUCCUCCGAUUUGGAAGCUCUUCGAGACCGUAUGGUGGCCCCUUUAUUAUCGAGUUCAGAUACCCACAUACCUUUGGAGGUGCAUAUUAGCAGUAUUCGUAAAGGUAUUGAGCGUCUGACGGAAGGACGGGCACAAGCCAAAGCUCACGAAAAUGCAUACUUGCGACAACUCGUUGACAGUAUAGAUUCAGUCACAAUUGGACAAGAUUCAUGA